CCAUUCUCUAAACAAUGCUAGAAGUCUCACAGAUUGGUUUGGACAGGUUGACCAUUCAUUCUUAAAUAACCAGCAUGUUCAUGGAAAAUCAGUGUGAAGAUGAACACUGGAACACAUUUGCAAGGACUAGGAAAUCCUGUUGAAUUCUACCAGUGCAAUGGCAGGCUUGAAAGAAGACGGGAUUUAAAGCCAGCCCACUGGUUUAGAAAUCUGUGAUUUAGGACUAGUCCCAUAGUCAGCAUUUUCCUCAGCUGAGAAAACUGUAUGAUCACAGGCCUGCUAAUGAAUGAGCAAUUAGGGCUUUCUAUGUACUGUCAUGAGCCCAAAGACAGCUGGGAGUGGAAAAACUGAGACUCACGUGAGCUCAAUGUAUGUGCAACAGAUAUUAUUGUGCACCUACUGUGUGCUGAGCUCAUAGUGGCCACCAAGGAACCAGCUGUAGACAGCACAGAACUCCUGCUGUUGGCGACUGGAAAACAAGCAAGCAGUGGAGACAAAAUAAGCAAACAACUUCCCAUCACCCAUUGUUCUUGGAAUCGGACAGAUGGCAGCCACCAUAAUGAUACUGUAUGUGUCUAAGCUAAAUAAGAUAAUUCACUUUCCUGAUUUUGAUAAGAAAAUUCCUGUAAAGCUGUUUCCACUGCCUCUUCUGUAUGUGGGGAACCACAUCAGUGGACUAUGGAGCACCAGUAAAUUAAGUCUUCCAAUGUUCACUGUGCUCAGGAAAUUCACGAUUCCACUCACGUUACUGCUGGAAACCAUCAUCCUCGGGAAACAGUACUCCCUGAGUAUCGUUGUCAGUGUCUUUGCCAUUGUGUUUGGGGCCCUCAUAGCUGCUGGAUCUGACCUUGCUUUUAACUUGGAAGGCUAUAUUUUUGUAUUCUUGAAUGACAUCUUCACAGCAGCAAAUGGAGUUUAUUCCAAACAGAAAAUGGACCCAAAGGAGCUUGGGAAAUAUGGAGUACUCUUCUACAAUGCCUGCUUCAUGAUUAUCCCAACUUUCAUAAUUAGUGCCUCCACGGGAGACCUCCAACAGGCUACUGAAUUCAAGCAAUGGAAGAAUGUCCUUUUUAUCAUACAGUUUCUUCUUUCCUGUUUUCUGGGGUUUCUGUUGAUGUAUGCCACGGUUCUGUGCAGCUACUACAACUCUGCCCUGACCACGGCGGUGGUCGGAGCCAUCAAGAAUGUGUCCGUUGCCUACAUUGGGAUGUUAGUAGGUGGAGACUACAUUUUCUCCCUGUUAAAUUUUGUAGGAUUAAAUAUUUGCAUGGCAGGCGGUUUGAGGUAUUCCUUUUUAACACUAAGCAGCCAAUUAAAACCUAAGCAGCCAGUGGAUGAAGAGAAUAUCCGUGCAGAUUUGAAGAGCUAGAGUGGGAGCUGAAUUGCAGACUGGGGCCUGGGGCCAGCACCAAUGUGAAGCUGGAGGUUUAUACUUGGCACAUUGAAAGCACACACAGAGAUGCCUGCAAAUGCAAAGAACACUACCUCACAGGCCACUGUGCCAUGAGCCAUUGGGGAACCUGAGAGACCUACUGCGUGGGACCUUCCCAGCCAGCAGCCAGUUUGUUCAAAGCCCAAUUUGCUUGGCAGGGUCCUGAGUACUCCUAUACAUACUGCAAUGCCCCUUUGUGCUGGAAGGGGGUGGGGCAAUGCUGCCCUGGUGACUUGUUUAAUCAGCACCUUGGCCUUAAUUUCAAAGGUAUCAGCCAAAGCUAAGUGCAGGCAAGAACAUUUUUGUUUUAACAGUUAAAAUAAACAUGGGUUUAUUUUUAAUAAAAAAAACCAAUAAACUGCCAGGAUAGUGAGUUGUUAGCUUCGAUUUAAACCACAUUGCUGUCUUUUCUCAGCCAUUGGAGUAAAAUAAAUCAUUGUUCCACUGUAUGGCAUGAAGGUGAUGCUUUAGACAGGCAGAAAAUAGUAAGUCAUUUACUCACAAUGUAGAAGGAAGCUCUACCUUGAAGGGAUUGCUAGAUGGUCUUUGAAGAUUAAAAUUAGGAAGAACUGCAAAAUCAUGGGGGAAAUGCUCAGAAUCUUUUCUGUCUAUACAUAAGUGACUUAUUGUUGUUGGAAAUGUUUCAGGAUA